AGUUCCGCGCAUGCUCAGAGGCGGAGGUCGGAGGGGUCCUGGGAGGGUAGCGGAGGCCGGCCUGCCCCGCCCCCGCCAGGCUUCCCUUCCGCGCCCAGGCCGGCCGGCUUCCCUUUCCGGGAGCGCAGGCGGCGGCCGCCGGUGUCUCUUUCUCUCCGCUCCGCAGAGUUGGCUCUUGCAGCUCCCCUGCGGCGAGCAUGGCAGCUCGGAGACGCGGGGCCGCCCUGCGGCUCUGUGCCACAGUUUUUUUACUUGAUAUGGCUUUCUCUAAAGGAUAUGUAGAAGAUUUAGAUGAAUCAUUUAAAGAAAAUCGAAAAGAUGACAUUUGGCUUGUAGAUUUUUAUGCACCAUGGUGUGGCCAUUGUAAAAAACUGGAACCAAUUUGGAAUGAAGUUGGUCUAGAGAUGAAAAGCAUUGGUUCUCCAGUUAAAGUUGGAAAGAUGGACGCUACUUCCUAUUCCAGCAUUGCUUCAGAGUUUGGAGUUCGAGGUUAUCCAACAAUUAAGCUAUUAAAAGGGGACCUGGCGUAUAAUUACAGAGGACCACGAACUAAAGAUGAUAUAAUUGAGUUUGCUCACAGAGUGUCUGGGGCUCUAAUUCGGCCACUUCCAAGUCAGCAAAUGUUUGAACAUGUGCAGAAGAGGCAUCGUGUAUUUUUUGUUUAUAUAGGUGGAGAGUCACCUCUGAAGGAGAAAUACAUCGAUGCUGCUUCAGAAUUAAUUGUAUAUACAUACUUUUUUUCUGCCUCAGAAGAAGUUGUCCCUGAGUAUGUGACCCUGAAAGAGAUGCCCGCUGUGCUUGUUUUCAAAGAUGAAACUUACUUUGUUUAUGAUGAGUACGAAGAUGGUGAUCUAUCAUCUUGGAUCAACAGGGAGAGGUUUCAAAAUUAUCUUACAAUGGAUGGCUUCCUCUUGUAUGAACUUGGAGAUACCGGAAAGCUUGUGGCUAUCGCAGUAAUUGAUGAGAAAAAUACAUCAGUUGAACAUACCAGAUUAAAGUCAAUUAUUCAGGAAGUUGCUAGAGAUUAUAGAGACCAGUUCCACAGGGAUUUUCAGUUUGGCCAUAUGGAUGGAAAUGACUAUAUAAAUACCUUGCUGAUGGAUGAAUUAAAAGUCCCAACUGUGGUUGUACUGAAUACUUCAAACCAACAGUACUUUUUACUAGAUAGACAGAUUAAGAAUGCAGAAGACAUGGUCCAGUUCAUUAAUAACGUUUUGGAUGGCACAGUAGAUGCCCAAGGAGGGGAUAGCAUUUUGCAGAGAUUGAAAAGAAUAGUAUUUGAUGCCAAAUCUACUAUUGUGUCUAUAUUCAAGAGCUCUCCACUUAUGGGCUGCUUUCUCUUUGGCCUGCCACUGGGUGUCAUCAGCAUCAUGUGCUACGGCAUCUACACGGCUGACACAGACGAAGGUUACAUAGAAGAACGGUAUGAAGUGUCCAAAAGUGAGACGGAAAGCCCAGAACCGGUAGAAGAGAGCAAAGAAAAACAGGAGCCCAGGAGUGGGGACUCUCUGGUGCCUGCAGUGCAAGAACCCAAAGAUGUGUUAGAAAAGAAGAAAGACUGAGACUUUACCAAGAUAAAAUAUUUCAUAGGAUUUCGAAUUAUUAAAGAGUCUAUUCAUUGAAUUUAGACAUUUAAUCAUGACCUUUACAGAAGAGAACACGGUGUUUGUAUUUUGCUGACAUCAACUGCAUGGGUUAUAAAAUAGUCCUUCCGUAAAUGGGGAGAUGUUUGGAGCAAAGAGAUGAAACGUUUGUCUAAAACAAACAAAAUCAAAACACUCCAUCGAAGUUUACCUUAUAGAUGUUGUUCUACCAGAUGAGUUCUAUUUGCAUGUUUCUCUAUCUGAAUAUUCUGUGACAAAAUUAAGAUUCUUGGGCAGAAUACUUAAAUUGGCCAGGCAGGUAGAAGAUACGUGUGUGAUAGAGAAAAAUAACACCUCCACCUCCUACCAUCCAUUCUCCUCAUGUUUUGGAUAAGAUUUAUAUGGACAAAAUUAAGUGUUUAAAAUUUAGGCACUUUAAGGAGAACUAAUAACUUUUUCCAAGGAUCAAAUUAAGACUAUGAGAUAAAAUAAUUUGGUUUUAUACAGCAUAGUGAUUUUAUUUUGUUAUUUUUAAAGGAGAGGAAAUGUUACUUUUUACCUUUAUACUCAGUUACAUUAUAAAACUUUCAUACGGGCCUAUAUCGUGGGAAAAAAAAAUAGUCUUAUGUUUAAUCUUUGCAGCAGAAACAGGAUUUACUUGGAUCAGUGAUUUCAAAUGAUGCCCUGGACACUGAGAAGGUGUUUCAGCCAACACUGCAGGAAGGGAGGGGGGUCUCUGUCACCCCUACACUGCUUUAGCCAGAACAGCAUACUUUUAUUUCUCUGUUUUAUAUAUUGGGAUUUCGUCUAAAAUUUUUUCUUUCGUAAAAAGCUCAUGCUGCUUUUUAAAAAGUAAUAUAUAUCAUGUUUUUAUUUUAUGGUAUGGUAACUUUAUAGUAAUUUAUAAUCUAGUGUGUGUGUAUGUAUAUCUAUAUAUACAUAUACACAUAUGAAAUUUAUUGACAUACAUCUGUUAUGUAAUAUUAUGGGCGUGUCUGUGUUCAUAAUGAGUAAUGAGUGGCAUAAUCAGCCUGUUAAAGAAACUUCAUGUCCAGUGAUUAAAGACAUCUGCCAGUUACCUUCUCCGUCCUCCCCAUUGUUAUUCAUUUCAGCUAAUGACCUCUCAUCUUCUCUCCAUAACGGAAUAACAUAGGAAUUCUAUCCCAAGUUAUGUACGAAAACUGGUAUCUUUUAAAUAACAGUGUGGUAUGUUUAUGGUAGAUUAGUUUAUGUUUGAGGCCUUCAUUUUAGCUAAGUUUAGGAUUUUUAUUAAGUGACUAUAAUCUGGGUGGUUAUUCAUUGAGUUAUGAAACAUUUUUAAAUGUUUCAUCACUUUAAAACUAUGUAAUUCAUGGUCCUGAUAGUGAAGCUGUUUAGGGCUGUGGCCCCCAGGGCAGCCUGGGGCUAUUUCUGAUGCCAAGCUGAUCACUACUAACCUGAGGCUCUUGUGCCUUUGUCCUAAGGAGUUACUAGGAAUUGCUCUCUCGUACCUUUUAGUAUAUAGUCCUUACUUGUUCUUGAUGUUUGGCGCCCCAUUAUUAUCAUUUUUAUAAAUGAAGCACGUAUGCAGUCCCAGGAAAUUUCACGAAAUACUAGAAUGAAAUGUUAUUCUUAAAUGGAAACUGGAGAAAAAUGCUGUUAAUUUAACAAGGAAAUUUCUCUCUAAAGAGUAAUGAGACAGUCUUUUGGAAAAUAGAUAUUAAUGUUGGCAGCAGUCAAGCUUAUUUUGCAGCUGUGAAAAGCUUAGCUAAAUACAGAUGCCUCACGUUAGUCUCGGCCUGGUAGGGAAGUUACAGCUUAGCCACUACUAGUGGCAGGAGGAAGCUGUAAAAAUGUCAUGGCUUCUUUCUUCAUGUUUAUCACUAACAGAUGUCUGUUAUCUGCAUGGUUUUGUCUUUUGUCAAGCACACCUGUAAAUUAAAGACCAAAACAGGGAAAAGAAAAAAAAAGGAGCAAAGCUUAAUAUGUAUCAACGAAGUCCAGUGUUCUUUGUAUUUUGAGAUUUUCUUGUCUAUAAAUUAAUGCCUUAGUUCUCUGUUAUCUUUUUUCACAACACUGUACUGUUGCCCCAUAUUCUUGUUUGUGUUUUCAAAAUGUGUCUAUUUGGGAAACAAAAAGUGUAGAUGGUUUGUAAGUGAAUAAUUUUUUUAUUAAAAUUUUGCUUUUUACUUGUCUCUACUUUAGGAUAUUGUCACAAUAUCCUCACAAAACAAGUUGAAAGUUUUUGCUCACUAGUAUGGUUUUCCCCUCAAUGUGAUAUCAGCGUUUACUAGAAAUGCUGUUUUUGUUUUAGGAAAAAUUACUUCAAAAUAAAGGAAGGUUUCUUAAUGAAUCUUGUAGAAGAACAUAGAUAUCAUCCUAAUUCAGUGAUGAAUCUCACUGUGAUUACAUAUCAAUAGGGGGAAUACCCUUCAGUAAGCUGGAGUUUUGCCUUCUCUUUCAGUGGCAAUAAAGUUCUGUUUCUGACUUCUAAUAUUCAAGAUGCUAGAUGCUUGCUGUUGCUGAAUCUGGUGCUCAGACAGUUUUUAAAGAUACUUCAAAGAGAGAAAGUGCAUGUUUUUAUGGAGCAGCGCACCUCAUUAUAGCUUGCCGUCCUUUUUGUUUCAUUGUAUACGUUAAUAUUUCUCUAUAUCUGAAACUUAGGUGGAUUAGACCUGGAGUUUUCACUUGCUUCUUUAUACAUAGUGCUCCCUGGUAUCUGAGUUAGAAAUAACGUGAAGAGCCAAAUGUCUAGCGGCUGAAGGACGGGUCUAUAUGAAUAGUAAAACAAUUAGCUAUAUUUUCAUUCAGUGGAUAUUUGUUCUUGUUGAUAUUUCUUGUGUUUUGUUUCAGGGGCUUUUGGGUUUUGAUUUUGCAAAAAGUAAUUUAAAUAUUUUCAUCUUUGCUUCACAUGAUAUGGAAGUAGGACAGGGAAAAAUCACUCAGCUAUUCUUUUUAUAUAGAGAGUGUUCAAAUAAACAAGUGUAGGAUGUUAAGACUAUCAAUUAAUUGGUGGGAUUAGGUUUGCCAUUUUAUUUUUAUAAAUAUAUAUUUUUUCUGAAUGUGUCUGAGUCCAAGAGUGGGCAAAAAAUAAUUUUCUACUUUGGACUAAUCUAUAAAGGGUUUUGAAAGUUUGUGUUACUAACUCGUUGAAUUCAUGAUAUCCUGCCUUAAGGCACCAAUUGUAAAUCUUCAUUUUUCUAAAAUAAAUUAAUUGAAAACAUGUAACCGUUCGUUAUUUUUACCAUUUAUCUUUUGGUUGUCUGGGAUGUAAAUAAUUCUCUAUGCAAAGCAAAAAGGACAGUUGAGACUUCAUCUUCCACGGUGGUUUUUUUUUUUUUCCUUUUAUUAAUUGUAAGUUAUUUGUAAUUAUAGAAACAUAGUUUUAAAAUUUAAACAGACUUGAUAGAGAUAAGAUUGUAAUCUAAUUCUUUCAUAUUGAAGGUGAAGAACCUGAGAUUCAUAGGUUUGAUAUAUUUUGUAUUUGUAAAACCUGACCAUUUUAAAUAUUAAUUACAGAGUUUAGAGCUAGAAUAAUUGGAUUUGAGUCCUUGAUCCAACUGCCAGAGUGUCAUCUUGGACACAACACAACCACCCCUCACUUUCACUGUCACUAAAAUGGGAAUCUAAAGCCUCAAGGUUUUCUUUUUUAAAAUAGCAGACAAAUGGGGAAAGUAUAUUAUGAAAAAACAAAACUUUAUGCAGAUUAAUGUUUUGUAAUUUGUUUUUCCCAUUUUAUGCCAUGAGCAUAUCUUUUAGUGAGAAUCACUCUGGCAGAGGAAUAACAGCCACAAAAUUGGUUCCACACAGCCUGUGGAUGUGUGCAGACUGACUGAUUAGGACGGGCCUCUUCUGAUAAGAGCUCUCAACUUUUUUCUAAGUCCAUUCCUAUAAACAGAAAAGAUGUUUUAAACAGGUAGUAAAAAAAGGGGCUAUUAUUUUGUUGCAGUUUAUUCUUUCAGCAAAUGUUUAUUACAUGUCUUCUACGUACUCCUGAGGAUGCAGCCGUAAAAGGCAGUCACAGCCUCAGUCCUCAUGGAGUUUUUAGCUGCAGUAACUGGUACUCGGGCUUACUUCACGCGCUCAUUUGUAAGUUUUCUACUUUUCUGUUUUUCUUAGUUUCCCUUCUCAUAUAAUUUGUUGUUCAGCAUCUAAUUGUUGCUAUUAGAUCUUUGGGAUCUUUGGGACUCCGAGGGUAGGAGACCAGGACAAUACAGCUGGCAUCAGUAUGAAGGGUUGGGAUUUACUCAGCAUGUCUGUGACUGUCCGUGGGUGGAUGACACGGAGGGGGAGCAGUUCAACGUGAGGGAGCUCUGGGCGAAAGCAAUCUCCAGGGACACAGCCGGCUUCCUGGGGGGGUCAGAAUCCCCACAUGGAAAAUAUGUAAACAUAAGCCGGCAUAAGGCCAUAAAUGCAAGCACUAAAGCCACCCUCUACACCAACGUUCACAACCGUCCCUUCCCUUUCCAGCAAAUGUCCCAAAAGGGUGUCGGCCAGCUUUUAUAUGGUAAAUUUUAGUUGGGUGGAUGAAGCAGUCGAGUGAAACUGAUGAAUAUGUAAUAGGAACUGAGGAUAUUUUUCCUCUCAUUCAGAGUUUUCACAUCGAUCCGGCAUCCCUGUCUUCAUCACUAGGGUCACUUAAAGAUUUAUGGAACAGUGGUUUUCUUCCUUCGAAGUUGUUUGAUACUCUGCAGCUUCUGAACAUAUGUUUGAUGUUAGUAGAAAUUCUAUAUCAAACCAUAAGAAUCCAGUCACAACUACAGUAAAUGAUCAGAUUUUAAUGACUCAUACAAUGACAUUUAGUAUUUUGAUGUUGUACACUCAAAACUAAUCUGUGUAACUAAUAAAUCUGUGUUAAAUUC